AUGGCUAACACAAUCAAACCUGGCUCUUGGAUACUAGUGACAGGUGCCAGUGGUUUCCUGGCCUCUCACAUCGUCCUGCAGUUCCUUGAGCGCGGGUAUCGAGUCCGAGGCACAGUUCGGAACAUCGACCAAGCUUCCUGGCUCCUCGAAGGUCGUUUCAAGACCUAUGCAACUGAUGGCAAUCUCGAACUAGUAUCUGUGCCCGACAUGGGCGCUGACGAUGCAUUCGAUGCAGCCGUAAGAGGCGUUGCAGCUGUCUUACACACCGCCUAUAUCACCAAUAUCGUACCAGACCCCAAUAAGGUCAUCACUCCAUUGGUGGCGAGCGUACGAUCAAUCAUGGGAGCCGCAAGAAAGGAGCCAUUGGUCCAAAAAGUGGUCUUCACUAGUAGCGCGAUCGUCACUUCUCCUUUGAAGCCAGACGUCGACAAUGGAGUCAUAGGCAGGGACUCCUGGAACGAUGCUGCUCUCGACGCAGCUUGGGCACCGCCUCCCUACGGUAUCUCGCAUGCCAUGGCCAACUAUCCCGCCAGCAAGGUUGCUGAGGAAAAGGAAGCUUGGAAGCUUGCUAAAGAGAACACUCUACCGUUCAGCAUCAAUGUUGUGUCUCCUGCGGGGAUGAUUGGAGAGCCGCUUGACAAGAAGCACAUAGAGGGCCAGGCCAACUGGAUCGUCCACGCUUACAGAGGUAAUAAGAUGAGGAUGGAUCCUCUGCCUGCAUCAUACUACGCUGAUGUCAAAGACAUUGCCUUGAUUCACGUCGCGGCCGUCCUCGAUCCCGAGAUCAAAAACGCAAGACUGCAGAGCUGGGGCCUCAGUACACAUUGGAACGAUAUCUUGGCUCUACUGCGCGAAUUUCGCCCCGAGAGGAAAUUCGUGGACGAUUAUCCCGAGCGAACUGAGAUUCGAGUUUCGGUCGACCAGUCAGAUGCACUUGCUAUCCUGAAGAAGUGGGGUGGACAAAGUGAGUGGACGCCAUUGAGGGACUCUGUUCAAGUGAGCAUCGAUACUCCUUGGUUAGAGAACUGA